AUGAGUGCGGCGGUGCAAGACCCGUCGUCUAAAGCGGUAGAGACGAUCAUCAAAAACUUUGUCGGCCGCACUAGUAUCGUUCAUAUACCCGAUGGCCGCGCGUUCCGCGGAGUUUUUAUCUGUGUUGAUUCCGGCAAGAACAUCAUCCUGGCUGACACAGACGAAACCAGGCUCACACCAGAGGGGCGCACAACGAUUCGGAAUGUCGGCAUGGUAAUGAUCCCGGGAGAAUACGUGGUCAAGGUUGAGGUGCAGCACGAUGCGCUGUUGCCCGACCACUCGACAGCUGAUCAUUCACUAGCUCAAGGUGGGUGGCCGGACGAUGAUUCGAUGUACAUAUGA